CAAGAGGUCCACUAUGAAUUUCAGGAACAAGGUCUCUGCCUAGCCGAAUCAAUGGCUGCAAUAUCAAUCCAAUCUUACGCUCACAAAACCUUCUCUGUAAAACCCGGAAGUUUUCGAUCCAGUGUCUCUGGAAACCACUUGAGUUGCAGAAUCAGUGUAUGCUGCCGUGUCAAUUACGAUUUAGUAAAGAAGCCCUUCUGGAGUGUUACUGAGAUAGCAGAAGCUGUGAACGGGAAAAUCGUAAAAUGGGGUCCCUCUGGAACUAUCUCUACUGAUAGCAGAAAUCUGAAGCCGGGUCAAUGGUUCUUCACCAUAGUUGGGAAAAACUUCGAUGCCCACGACUUUGUCAACCCUGAAUUGCGCAGUAAGGGAUGUAUUGGGGUCAUAGGAAACCGAAUUUGUGAAGAAUGGGACAUGGGUUUUGUCCAAGUUGAGGAGAAUACUUUGAUUGCACUCGAGAAGAUGGCCAUGUAUGCCAGGAAGAGGUUCCAUGGUCGUGUGGUUGGAGUAACAGGUAGUGUGGGGAAGACGACUACAAGAGCGAUGAUUGCUCAUGCACUGGAAAGUCUCGGUUCAAUUCAUCAGACGCAGGGGAACCAGAACAAUGAGAUUGGGGUUGGUUUAUCUUUAAUUGGGUUACCUCAAAAUGUUAAGGUCUCGGUUCUGGAGCUAGGAAUGAGUGAGAAAGGAGAGAUCUUGAAGCUCACUAGAAUGUGUCAGCCUUCUUUGAGAAUCAUUUUGAAUGUGGGUCCUUCUCAUUUGGUGAAUUUUGGCAGUUUAGAGGAAGUUGCCAGAGCCAAAGGGGAGAUUCUUAUGGAGGCAAAACCAGGGGAUGUGUGUGUUUUGAAUGCAGAUGAUCCUCGAGUCAUGAACCUUCCUGUCCCAGAAGGAGUUGAAAAAGUGUUUUUUGGCCAGAGAAUCGGUUGUGAUGUUCGGCUAGUCUCUGCCGAAAGUACUGAUGAUGGUAAUGGAGUACGAGUAAUUUUAGAAAGAAGUACAGAAGUGGUGGAAUUUGUGAUUCCUACUCCAGGACUGCAUUUGGCACUGAAUGCAUGUGCAGCUGCUGCUGUUGCGGUUCGCUUGGGAGUUUCUCUUUCACAAGUGGGAGUGUCCUUGUCCAGAUUUGUACCUGUUCCCAUGAGAUUAGAGCUUGAAAUGGCUCCAAAUGGAAUCAAAAUAAUCAAUGAUGUUUACAAUGCCAACCCCACCAGCACCAGGGCAGCGAUUGAUUUACUGAAGACCAUUGAUUGUAAGGGGAAAAGAGUUGCCAUUCUUGGAGAUAUGCUAGAACUUGGUCCAGCGGAAAUAGAAGCACACAGGGAUAUAUUAAAACUGUGCUUUGAUUCUCAUAUCGAUCUGGUUGCGCUUGUUGGGAAGAGACUUUCUACAGUGGCUGAGGAUUUGGAUUUACUAAGGAAGAGAAAUGCUAUCUGCACACUUUAUCCAGAGGCCCUUGCACUUCCCAUUACAGAAAAGUUAGCUAGUAAUGAUGUUGUUUUAGUGAAGGGUAGUCGCGGAAUGCGAAUGGAGAAAGUAGUUGGUGCAAUCAAGGAAAUGAGCAUAUAAGCUUUUAAUAUCUUUUCCCAUCAAGAGGAUGUGUUACUCAGUCAAACUAAGCCUGAUCCCAAGGAUGAGGUUUUAUUAAUCAAGGACAAUCAAUUGUUCUUCAACAUGGGUGAACAAUAGUGAUUGUUGAAGCUGAUUGUAAGUUGAUGGUUGGUGGCUUCAGUCAGGAGCAGGAGGCACUUGGAGAUAUUUGCACUUU